UGGAGAACAGUCACUCCUCCUUAGAAACAGCAAGGGUUUCAGUUGUCAAUGGGACGCGGCCACCAGAGCCUGCUAACGGUUAGCAUUUGAAUUGCAGUUACCGCCAUUAGAAGACCUUCUUUUCUCAGGCUGCGGCUGGCCUGUAAUAUCAACAAACAGAGACUCCGAUUUGACAAACCCUACUCACCCCAUGGAAACUACAACCUAGAAAAAAGCUCAUGCAAAAGAGAUGCAGCUGAACACUCAUGCUUCUCGUCCCCCGUAUGCCCACAUACAUGGAACGCCAUCUUGUCAACUUACUUCACUCUUCUCUUCACAUAAACCAGUUCAAGCAAGUUCACGCUCUCAUCAUCACACAGUACCCCACUCUCGCUCCUACCCUCAUUCAAAAACUCCUAAAGGUAUCAUUUGUUGAUUAUGGUCGUCAAUUGUUCGACCAAAUUCCUCACCCAGACCAAUAUUUAUAUAAUACUUUUAUAUCUGCAUACACCAAGCUUUCUUUGAACAAAGAAGCCGUGGAAUGUCUCUUUUUGAUGCACCGUAACGAAAUCCAGAUAGAUUGUUUUGCCAUUCCGCCUGCUCUGAAGUCGUGCUCUUCAUUGUUGGCGACCAAUGUUGGGAAACAAAUUCAUUCUUUGGUAAUAAACUGUGGGUUCGAUUCAAAUGUUUUUGUUCAGACAGCUUUGAUGGAUUUCUAUGCCAAGACUGGUGAUCUGGAUUCGGCUAGACAGAUUUUUGAUGGGAUUUUAAUUAAGGAUCCCGUUUCUUAUAAUUGCUUGAUUUCUGGGUAUUCUAAAUCAGGCAAUGUUUUAGCGGCACGAGAACUGUUUGAUGAGAUGAAGGAAAGAACCAUUGUUUCAUGGAAUUCUAUGAUUUCAUGCUAUGCACAUAAUGGUGAUUGUCUUGAGGGGUUAAGAAUUUUUGAAAGAAUGCAGGUGGAAAAAUAUCCUCCCAAUGAAAUCACUCUAGUGACUGUGCUCUCUAUGUGUGCUAAAUUGGGUGACCUAGAGACGGGGUUGAGAGUUAAGAAGUUGAUUGAUGAUAACAAUUUGGGCGCUGGAAUGAUAAUUUCAACUGCAAUUAUGGAAAUGCUUAUAAAAUGUGGGUCAGUUGAUGAAGCACGUGAAGAAUUUGACAAAAUGGUUGGUCGAGAUGUUGUUGCAUGGAGUGCUAUGAUUUCUGGUUAUGCUCAGAAUGGGAGAUCAAAUGAGGCACUUGAGCUUUUUGAACUUAUGAAAAAUGAACAAAUUAAACCUAACAAUGUUACACUUGUGAGCAUUCUAUCUGCUUGUGCUCAGUUGGGCUCUGUUGAAGCUGGUGAGUGCAUUGGUAACUAUGUAGAGAGUCUAGAAUUGUUUUCAAAUGUUCAUGUGGCCUCAGCACUAUUGGGUAUGUAUUCUAGGUGCGGAAAUAUCAUAAAAGCUCGUCAAGUAUUUGACAGAAUGCCUUGCAGAGAUAUUGUUACGUGGAACUCAAUGAUUGCUGGCCUAGCAUUUAAUGGUUUUGCAGAGGAUGCAAUUGCUCUUUUUGAAAAAUUGAUGGAAACUGAGGUGAGACCAGAUGAUGUAACAUUUGUGGGGCUUUUAACAGCUUGCACCCAUUCAGGUCUUGUUGAUCUAGGCCUUGAGUUCUUCAGAAGCAUGAGAUCAGAUCAUGAUAUUUCACCAAAGAUAGAACAUUAUGCUUGUAUAGUUGAUCUUUUUUGUAGAUCAGGAAGAUUAAAAGAGGCCUAUGAUUUUAUAUGUAGGAUGGAAAUAGAGCCGAAUGUUGUGAUAUGGGGUACCUUAUUGAGUGCUUCUAACAUCCACAGGAAUGUAGAGCUUGCUGAGCUCUCAGUUCAGAAAUUACUGAUGUUAGAGCCUGAAAAUUCUGGGAACUAUGUCCUUCUUUCCAACAUGUAUGCCAGUGUGGGCAGAUGGAGAGAAGCGUGGAUGUUGCGGAAGUUGAUGAAGGAUAAAAACGUGCAAAAGACACCUGCGUAUAGCUGGGUAGAAGUGGGGGAUAGGGUUCAUAGGUUUCUAGUUGGGGACACGUUGCAUCCUAGAUCUGAUGAAAUCUUUUGCGUUGUUUAUGGUUUGGCAAUGCAGUCAAUUUGGGCUGGUUAUGACUUGGAACCUAACUUACAGUGCAGUUAAUUAGACAAGAAGCCAGAAGAUGCUGGCUAGUGGAGCUUUUGAAGUCUGUUGGACUGUGUUUGGCAGUCGGCAGGCCUUUCUUUAAGUCUUGGUUGGUGCUCGAGCACCCUUUUCUGAUUACCUAUCUAAAAGAAAAAAAUUCAGCUGAAAGAUUUUAAUUUCAAAUCUGCACUCAAACAUUUUGGCAAUGAGCUGUCCAGAAAGAUGUGAAUGCUCCUGCCCUAGCAGGAUCAGAGAGGAGGUCUUUGGCCUUGGAUAUCUUGUAUUAAGGCUACCCAAAAGCAGAAUAGAAUUUAUAUGGUGUUUAGGUAUAUUACCUUGUUAACCAACAUUUCAGUGGAUGUCACCUUUGGAGAAGACAUCGUGUCUCUGGAUUAGAUGUCCUGAAUUGAAUUUUUAACGGUUGUCAAAUGGUUUAAAACGUAUUCUACAUGUUGAAGUGCAAAAUCAAUUUCUGUUCUUUUUCCUA